AUGAAGCGGAGUGGUUCCACCCCAGUCACGUAUGUCCACGCGAGCCCCGGCACUCAACAGACACUGGGCUAUCUGGGAGAAUGCAAAGGUGGUAAGGAACGAAAGGCUAAAUCGUCAGAGUUGGACUUACAUCGGGAUAAUGUUGGAGAAACAAAGUCAGACAACAGGAAAAAUCUACCAAUGUUUGGUUGA